AUGUCUACCCCUGGUGGCAAGAAGCGAGUUGGCUUCACCCAAGGCACGACCACCUCUCCACCGUCCCCACCCAACGAAGGUAGCCCAUCUGGAGGACACAACACACCCCUGCAAACCCUACAAAGGGCUGAUGUAUCCCACGAAGAGUUGGCGGAGUCUGUCCGUGAGGCGCUCGCACCGUUGUACGAUGAGCCACUUGAGAAUAUCCAGAAACCCCGGCCCGCAAUUCGGAAAGCCCCAAGGACGCCCCCUCAAUUCCAUCUUGGCCAAGAGCUGGAGGAGUUCGACGAGGAGAAGAAAAGAUCAGGUCUCGAGGCCCAGAAACGUGCUACGAAGCUCUCGAAGAGCGUGGGGACCUACUCCGCGCCGCUAUCGAGGCGCAAUUCUACCGACUCGCUUCCACAGAUCCACAUUGAGGAUGACCGGCUCCGGGUCCCCCACUCUGCAAUCGAUUCUGGUGCAACCACUGACAAUGAAGAUGAUGAGCCUGAGCCUGAACAUAUGAGGCAGGCCCGACAACUGUUUAGGCAACAUACCAUACGACAGACCCCUGCCGCCGACCCGGUAGAACUUUACCAUGUGCCCCUCGCCAUCGACGGUACAGUCACGCCCACCCACGAAUUGGAGAUUGAAGAUGAGCAUGUACCACGACCCACAAAAUUCCGAACGGGCGUAUUGGGAACUCUACUAAGAGCCUCUCACGCAGGCCAGUCUGACCUAUCAAUGCCUCGGAGCAAAACAACAGGCCACGGACGGAACUCUAGCAUCGGUACUCUCAGUGGAGCAUCUACUGCCGCCAACUCCCCAAACUCGUCGCCUCCGGCGUCUGGCACGUCAACACCUCGAUUUAGCAAGCCUUGGCUAAGAAGUCACAACCACUCUAACCACUCUGUCUCAUCAAUCUCUCGCCUGAUUGAAUCUUCGUCUAUGCUUGCUACUCCCGGACAAAGAGAUAUGAGCCAGGAGAUGGACACUCAGUACAAGAAGUUGCGUCCUGGAAUGGGAAAGCGGCAAGGCUCUGACCAGUCGAUAACAACCAAGGCCAAACGCAAAGCGCGCAAGGAGCAGGAGUACAAGAUCAAGAUUCACCUGGCUGGCACUCUUGCUCGUCAGAACUACCUGCGCAAGCUUUGCAGGGCUUUGAUGAUGUACGGUGCACCCACCCAUCGUCUUGAAGAAUACAUGAACAUGUCAGCUCGGGUAUUGGAGAUUGAGGCCCAGUUCUUGUAUAUGCCCGGAUGCAUGAUCAUGGCAUUCGACGACAGUUCUACUCAUACCAGUGAAGUCAAGCUCGUCCGCACCGCCCAAGGAGUUGAUCUAGGCAAGCUCCGCGAUGUGCACGAAAUCUACAAGGAUGUUGUACAUGAUCGCAUGGGAGUCGAAGAAGCUAUGCCACGACUGGAUGCCAUUGUCAACCGCAAAGCAAAGUUCAACGCCUGGCUCCGAGUGCCUGUUUAUGGAUUAGCGUCGGCAGCCGUAGGUCCCUUCGCUUUCCAGGCCCGCCCCAUCGAUCUACCUUUCUGUUUCCUUCUCGGUUGUCUCAUCGGGUGGCUUCAAUUGGUUGUGACACCAGGGAACGAGCUAAUUAGCAAUGUUUUCGAGAUCGGGGCCGCAGUCAUCACAAGCUUCAUUGCGCGAGCUCUUGGCUCGAUACCUGGAAGUGACGGCCACCCGCUUUUCUGCUUCUCCGCUAUGUCGCAGUCUUCGAUCGCUCUGAUUCUGCCCGGCUUCACCGUGCUAUCUGCGUCGCUCGAGCUUCAAAGCAAACACCUUGUCGCUGGUUCGGUCCGAAUGGUCUACGCUAUCAUCUACUCGCUGUUCUUGGGUUUCGGCAUAACUAUCGGUACUGUUCUCUUUGGGCUCAUGUACAAAGACGCAACGUCCCAAACGCAAUGUCGCGACCCGAUGUCGAGUCACUGGUACUACUUUUUCGUCAUCGCGUUCUCCAUUUGUCUCAUGGUUAUCAAUCAGGCAAAGUUGAAGCAGAUGCCCUCGAUGAUGGUCAUCUCCCUCAUUGGCUAUGUUGUCAACUUUCACUCAUCGUCGUACUUCAAGAGCAACGCUCAGAUCAGCAAUACGCUCGGAGCGUUGGCAAUUGGAAUAGCAGCGAACCUUCAGGCACGGUUCGGUCGCCACGUCGAGAACUGGAGCAUCGAUUUCUGGGAGAGCAGACUGCGUCCGCACUAUUCGCGCCUCCGGAAGCGUUGGAUGCGAUCCCGACACGGCGCGCACUAUAGGGAGGAAAGCUACAAACUACACUCGCACUCGCAAUCCAGCUCCAUGUCCGAUUUCGUGCCGCGUGUGCGCAAAAUAGGAUAUGGCCUCGCUGCAGCCACGAUGCUACCCGCCAUUUUCGUCCAAGUGCCGUCCGGUCUGUCGGUCCAGGGCUCGCUCGUCUCUGGCAUCAGCUCUGCCGACCAGAUUGUGCGAAACACGACCGGCAACGCUACAACCGUGACGGCGUACGAUUCGAGCGGUAGUCUAAACAGUGUGGCUCUUAAUGUGGGUUUCAGCGUCAUUCAGAUCGCUAUUGGCAUCACCGUGGGGUUGUUCCUCGCCGCGCUCUUGGUGUACCCGCUUGGAAAGAGGAGGAGUGGAUUGUUCAGUUUUUAG